ACAAAACUCAUCCCAUGUGAUUGGUUGUGGCUCAGCAUGCUCUAUUGUGCCCCGGGGCCGUUUGUUCGCCUGGUUUCCGACACACAAACAAAACUUUCCUGUCAGCCUGGACAAUAUUGGGCUCCGGAGUGCUUUGACAACCCCCUUGUAAUAUUGGAAUCUCUGACUUUUUCUCUAACGGGAUAAUAAAGAAAAACAGAGAGAACAGAAGAGAGAGGACAGAAAAGAGAUGACAGAAGAGAGAGGACAGAAGAGAAACAGAUCAGUCAUGUCAGGUGUGCUUGGCAGGAUGUACAGCUUCAUGGGCGGUGGGUUGUUCUGCGCUGGAGUCGGGAACAUACUCCUUAUUAUCUCCACAGCAACUGAUUACUGGAUGCAGUACCGUCAAUCCAACAACUAUAUGCAUCAGGGCCUGUGGCGCUACUGUGUGCCUGGGAAAUGCAUGACACACACAGAUAGCAUUGCGUACUGGGAUGCCACCCGUGCCUUUAUGAUCCUCUCCCUGCUGGCCUGCUUCAUUGGCAUCGUGAUAGGCGUCAUGGCCUUCAUACGCUCCUCCUCCUUCAGUGGGUUUGAUAAGACCUUUGCUGCCGGCAUCCUCUUCUUCAUCUCCUGCUUCUUUGUGCUGCUGGCGAUGGCUGUGUACACUGGGGUGACUGUGAAUUACUACGGGAAACGAUACGGGAACUGGCGUUUCUCCUGGUCCUACAUCAUGGGUUGGGUAGCCGUGGUCCUCACCUUCUUCUCAGGCAUCUUCUACAUGUGUGCCUACAGGAUGCAUGAAUGCCCAAGAAACUCCAACUCACGCUGAUCUGACAAAAACACACAGUUCACACCUGGGUUUACACACCUAACUACGUAAUUUCCUGUUUACCUGACCACUAUUGAAUAAGCAUAAUAAAAAGGGUAAAACCAA